AUGGGUAAUUGUAUUGGAAAAAAAUCGUUAAAAAGUAAAGAUCGUUAUAAUAAUCUAUCAAAACCAUCAUCAUCAUCAUCACCACGGUUUAAUCGAACAAAUGAAUUGUAUAAAACAAAUCCAAAUAAUUUAGUAAUACGAAAGAAACAACUAACAGUGAAUUAUGAUGAAUAUCCUGUUAAAAAGAAAUGGAAUAGUACCGAACGAAAUCGAAGAUAUGUACUAUCAACACCAUUGCCAGAUGAAGAUCAUCCGUAUUAUACAACAGAUUUUGUUAAUUAUUCAAAUAUAAAAGUGAAAAAUAUUUUAACUAACGAUGAUUUGAUACAUAAAACAUCAUCAAAUAAACAAUCAUUAUCACCACUAUUUAAUCUAAAUGAUAUGAUUAAAUAUCAAAAUAUUGAAAAAAUUCGACAUACACCAUCACCACCUAUUUCAUGUUCAAAAAAAUUUAAAAAAAUCGGUUUAACAACGUCAUUUAGUGAUAGCUAUUAUGCAUUUAAACCAACAAUAAAUGUACCAUUAGUAACAUUGACUAAACAUGUUGUUGAUGAACACUUAACGUCAUCAUUAUUCAAUAAUAACUCUCAUCAUUCAUCGAACAAUACAACUCAAAACAAUAACGAUAUUUUACCUUCAUCAUUCUAUUUGAUCGAAUCAACCACCUCUACGUUUCCUAAAGAAAUAAAGAGUCUAAAUGAUAGUCAUGUAUUCGAUUUAUCGUCUGAAAUCAAUAUGGGUCAAUUAAUCAAUACAUUUAGUAGUAAUAGCGAUGUCAGUAAUGAAAUAGGACAUUCAAAUACAACUGAUGAUAUAGUGGUCGACGUAACAAUAGUCAAACAAAAAGAAGAAGAAAAUGAAAUAUUAAAUAAUAUUAAACAAAGAGAAAAAGAAAUAGUUAUUGAGAAUAAUAAAAAUUAUGUCCAAGAUGAGAACAAAUAUGAUAAUACAGUCAGUAUUCUAAAUGAUAAUCAGAUAACAUUGAACGAACCUACUAUAACAGCAUUAAUUAACAAUGAUGAGACAGAUAAUUUGAUUAGUGACGACUAUAAUAAUUUGUUUAUUCAUCAAAACGUUCAAGAAAUUGAUCCUGAUAAUGAUGAUGAUAAAAUGGGAAAUGAACAACAAAAAUCAGUAAUUUUGGCAACAAAAGAGGAACCUUUUUAUAAAGAAAUAGACAAUAAAAACAUUACAAAGCCUUUUUUAAAUGAAAUUUAUAGUCAUCAAGUAUCGUCCGAACAUCCAUUAUCUCCUUCUACGUCCCAUUCAUCUCUUUCAUCACAAUUAUCUUUUUCAUCUACAGAAUUAGUUGUUUCAUCUCGAUCAACAUCUACAACAUGUUCGAUAUCACCUAAAAAUCAUCAAAAUUAUACAAAAAAUCAUUGUCCAACAAAUUUAUCAUCACUCAUAAAUUGUCAACAAAUCUCUGUAUUAGGUAAUAACCAAUUUUUAUCAUCUCACAUCUAUUUACCGGUUAUUAUACCAUCACAACAAUAUCAACAACGUGGAGAACAUACCAAUAUAUUAAAUGAUUUUCAUCAAUAUAUUGAUACUGAUGAAUGUUUUACAUUACAUUCAAUUGUUGACGAUAUCAUACAACAACAGACACAAAAUAAUUCAAGACAAUUUAUAAGAAUUCAUAGACGAAAGAAAACUGUUUUAUUGGGACACAAAAAAUUAAACGCUAUUCAUAUUAGUGAUAUUUCAAAAUACAAUAAUUUAUUGGAGAAUGCAACAUUCAUUUACGAUGAUUGUGAACAAAAUGGACAAGUUUUUAUUACAAAAUAUUGUAAACAUUUUAAUUUAAAUAAUUUAACACAACAUAUUCGAUCUCUUAAAUCAAAUAAUAUAUUAAAACGUUUAAAUUCAUGUGAUUGUUGUUCAACAAUUUUAAAUGGUCAUUAUUUAAACAUUAUUCUUCGAUCAUUUUUAAUAUCGAAUGCCACCUAUGAUCUUGUUUCAUUAUGUUUUAAUGAUUCUAAUACAUACGGUUAUAUUUCUACACGUAAUCAAUUUAAUAUUCGUCAAUAUUUAAUUAAUAAUUCAAAAAUGUCCUAUUUAAAUGAUAUUGAUUUUACUGAAAUAAAGAUACAAUAUGCAUUACGUAUCAAUUCAUGGCCAGAAAUAUUUAUUGAAACAUUUUUAAAUCGAACAAGACAUUGGCCAAAAUAUGAUGAUUUAUUAACAAUAUUUGAAAAUUCAUGUUAUAUAAUAGUGACCAAAGGUAAAGAAGAGAAAGAAUGUAAAUUAAAUUAUUUAGAAAAAUGUUCAAUGUGUGAAAAAACAUUAUUAACAAAUGAAAAUUUAACAUAUUGGUCAUAUUCUUAUUCUAAAUUAGAAUCAAAAUUAAUAAAAUUAUUAACAAUUGAUCAUAAACGUUUUUCAUCUCUUCUAUGGAUGUAUCUAUGUUCAAAAUUAUCGAAAAAAAUUCCAUGGUCUCUAUUUAAACAUAGUCUAUUCUAUUUUUUCGAACGUUAUGAAUGUGAUACAUUUAAACAAUGUGAUAUUUUAUUAUAUUUUCAUUUUUAUAUUGAACAUUUAUUUAAUUAUUUUAACAAACAUACAUUACCAAAUUAUUUUGAUUCAAAACAUGAUAUUUUUACACAAAUUACAGAAGAAGAUUAUCAACAAUAUAAAGAUUCAUUAUCAACAUUAUUAUCUUUACCAAUAACAUAUGCAAAUUUUAGAAAAAAUUUUAUACUUUCAAUUCUACCCGUCUCAUGUCAUUUUUUAAUUCAUUUACGAUAUUUAAUACAUUUUCAAUGUAAUUUUAUUAAACGUUUAUUAUCAUCUGAUUCAAAAACGUCAACUUCAACGUUUCGUCUUCUUUUAGAAAUACAUGAACAAGUAUUAAAAGAAUUAACAUUUAAAUCAAAAAUAAAAAUAUCACCUAUAACAAAUUAUAUUAAACCAUUAACGUUAGAUGCGUUAUAUCAAUUUCAAGAACAAAAUGCACAAAUUGUUCUCGAUUAUUUACCAUUUCUUCGAGAUAAAGAACAAUCAUUAUUAAUACAUAAUCUAUGGUCAGUCUAUAUACAAUAUUUUAAUAGUAUGUUUGAUGACCUUCUUCUUGUACCACAAUAA